GAUCUGCUCUAGCUUUCGUGAUAUCUGGGUUUUGAAUUUCGAUUUUUAAAGAUUUAUUUUUAGAGAUUUGAUUUUCAGGGUUUCCUUGAAAUUUCUGGUUUGGAAUUAUUUUAUUCUGUAUAGAAAUGACUUGGCUGUUUCUCUGUAUGAAGUUUGCCCUCAUGUUCAUGGAGGAAAUCAAUCAAAUCAUGUAGAAGUAGAAUAGGCCUAGCUAGGAUGGAUAACCUGAGAGAAAAUAAGGCAACUAAGGAGAUCUCGAUGUAUUUGUUAUGAUUUAUUGUUACACCAUAUCUUUUGCAUUUUUUUUUUAUGAUUUUGAUGUUGAAUAUAUGGUCUUGACUGCCAUCAAUCAUUUGGUUGAAUCUACAAAAUUCAGUACUGAUUUGAUGCUUAUCAGGUAUGAUGUGGUUAGAUCUGUUCGGCAUGGUAUUGGACAUGGUUUCAAGUUAAUUUCUCUUUAUUAUCGGAUGGUUGAACUAAUGGUCUAAUUGUUAUUAGUGGGAUGAUAUCAGUUUCAAGCUUUGCCCUUGCUUGCAUGUAAAUACAUCAAAAUGAGCCAUCCUCAAGAACCACAACGCUCUUUCUUCCAUUUUGGAAAUCCUUUCCGUUCACCAAAGGGUUCUCAUUUGCCUUCAGGACUUCUUUCUUUAUUGGAUAAGUUUGAGAAAACCUUGUCAGAGAGGCUGCAGAAACUUGUGCCUAAAGACAAGAGUGACAUCCUUAGCUUGUCAUGGAUGAAACUAGCAAUGGAAUCACUUUCCGAGAUUCACCGUGACAUAAAAAACCUGAUAACUGAGCUUGAGAUCCCUGUGACUGAUUGGGAUGAGAAAUGGAUAGAUGUCUAUCUGGACAUCAGUGUAAAGUUGCUUGAUAUUACUAUUGCUUUUACCUCUGAACUUACAAGGCUCAACCAAGGCCAUCUCUUACUUCAGUGUGUCUUGCAUAAGUUGGAAUCCAACUCCCCGGAUCAAUUCCUGCGGGCUUAUUCCUCACUUCAUAGCUGGAGAGAGCAAAUUUGCUCAAAAAAUCGCAGAGUUGAAACAUGUCGUCCUGUACUGGACAACCUUGUGGAUUCAUUGGACUUGCCGAAGGUAAGGAACUCUGCUAAGGGGAAGGUUCUGAUGCGUGCAAUGUACGGAGCUAAGGUGGCAACCACAUAUAUCUGUCGUGUAUUUGCCGCAGCUUUCUCUGGUUCUACUGAUAGUUUGUUAGAUUUGAAUUUGACUGUUCCUGCUACACUGCCAUGGGCACAAGUUUUCUAUAAUGUUCAAACAACUGUGAAUACAGAAAUUAAAAAUAUAUUUUCUCGUGGAGAAUUUACGGUUCUUAGAGAACUUCUUGCUGUUGAUAAUUGUGCCAAUAAAUUGUAUCCUUUGCUUCAAGACGGGUUCAGUCCUGCUCAAGAGGAAUCGUUCAAGCAUUCCGUUUCAGAUUUGAGGAAGACGGCAGAGAAACUAUCGCAAGGGCUGGAUAAUCUUUCAAAGGUAGUAGAUGACUUUUUCAAAAUAGUUUUGUCUGGGCGUGAUGCUUUGCUUUGUAAUCUAAGAGCAGGUUGUACUUCCCCAAAUUCAGUUCUGGGAAGAAACACCGACGAGCGAAGUGUGAGGUGAAUCAUGAAUGAAGUAGAGCUAAACUCUUCUGUAUACAGAUGGUUUAGGUAUGAGACCUUCUGUUUUCUAACUAAUAGGGAUAUGCAACCUUGUUUGGGUAAUGAAAGUAUUUAUUGUGCGAGUUGUAAGGUGUGUUAUACUAUAGUACUUGGUUGUACAUGUAUUUGGACCAUCCUAUGUCAAAUGCUAUAUAAAAAGGGCUUAUGUUUGUUUGCAAA